UUCCACCCCGAAAUCCAACACAAUCCGCGGGUGCCACCCAACGACGUCUCACCUGCCUCCUCUCCUUCCUUUUUCCACAUCUUGUAUUAGAUAAAAGCUUCCCAAUUCCCCUCUCCGUCUUCCCAGAUCUGCUUCUUGCCCACCAUUCCUCUCUUCCUUCCUUCUCAUGAUUUCUGCGCCUUCUGUGGGGAUCGCCUUCGCGCCCAAGCCGCCACCGGCAGCGGCGGUUGGGUCGUACCGGGCAAGGAAGGUCCGGUGCGCGGUGGCCGUGGCUCCUGCGCCGGCGCCGGCGGGGACGCUGUACGACGUGCUGGGGCUGCGUGCCGGCGCCACGGUGCGGGAGAUCAAGGCGGCGUACCGGCGCCUCGCGCGGGAGCGGCACCCCGACGUGGCCGCCAGCGCCGGGGCCGACGACUUCGUCAGGCUCCACGACGCCUACGCCACGCUCUCCGACCCCGACAGCCGCGCGCGCUACGACCGCGACGUCGUCGCCGUCGCCUCCAUGGCGCGCGGCGCGCACCACCGGACGAUGGCGGCUCCCGCCGCCGCGCCGCGCUGGUACGGCCGCCGCCCACGCCGCACCUGGGAGACCGACCAGUGCUGGUAGCGCACACACGCGAUUUCUGUCUCUUCACGGCCAUGGCCGCUCACCUCACAAAUUUUUAGUUACGGUGAUCACCCAUGCCUGCCUAUGUAAAAAAAAAGUAAAAUCUUCCUCCUCGCAUCGAUCCCUUGUGUAUGAAUGUAAAAUGCAAAAUUGAGACUAGGUAGCGUAUUAGGAAUCCAGACUUAACCCAAUCAUCAUCAUGUACUGUGAAUAUGUACUUACUACUGUAUUGUACUAGCGUGUUUUGACGCGAGGUUUGAAGGAAAAUGCAUGCCCUGCCUCUGCUUAUUCUUCU